UUAAAACAUAUAGAACUAGCGAAAACGGAAAUCACGCCACGUUUUUGUAUUUGUACAUAUUGGAUUGUUUCUCAAUUCACUCACGUAAAAUUCUUUCAAUUUUUUCUUGAAUCAUGUUCUCGAUUUUACUAAAUUGCGCAAAAUUAUGGGCAGUGAAUUCCAUUUUUUAGAAGUCAAAUGAAAAAAUGAUUUUUGUAGAGAAGCGGUUGAACAGUGUUUGUCAAAAAUAAAUUGUUUCGUUCUUUUAUUGAGCCUAUAAUUGGCAGUCGGUAGUCUCAAUGUAUUUUGAAAAGCCUCCUUUUUGUUUGUAAGAUAUUAGUAUAAGUAUGUUAUACACUUUAACUCAAUUCUUUUCUCGAUUCCAAUGAACGAUUUGCUAAUGCGAAGAAGGGAAGAAGAUAUAAAUUUCGAUCUGAAAUAUGUUGUUUUUAACGCCCAGUUCAACUGUUUCUCCAGAGAUAGCAUCAAAGUAGCAUUAAUUUGUUGUAAAAAUAUUGCUGAAUAAUCUAAACGUGAUAAAACAAGACAAUGAAGCAAGGCAACUAAUGAUAAUGUCGGCAGUUGUUGUCCAAUUGUAUCUAUAGUUUUAAUUCCUUGUGCCAUUUUUUUUGGAGAAUUGUUUUGAUUUGAGCAUGAAAAGAUAAACUUGAAUCAAGAAUAAGGCCUAAAUAUUUGCAUUCUGAUUUUUUGGCUACAUAAUGCCCAUUAAUUACUAUUGUAUCAGUAUCUACAUUUUUGCUAUCAUUUUUUGACAAAAUGUUAUAAAUUCCGAUUUAGAUGCAUUCAGAUUCAAUUGGUUCUCUGCAAGAAAUUCCGUUAGAUUAUUGAGUGAUUUUUGCAAUCGAUUCAAAGCAUCCUCAGAAAUUAUAGAAGAGGAACCACAUGUAGGAUUUUAUGUGAAUGUUCAUCUUGGUUUUAUUGAGAAAUGGACUAUAGAAAAGAACACUCAAUUGGCAAGCGUCUCAGAGCUCGAAAAACGUUAUGGCCGUACACAUUUCCUCUUAGUCGAAAGAAAAAUUUUAAUGCAAUUGUUUCUAAAGAUUCUUCCAGCUCAGAGAGUAGCAGCAGCGUUGAAAGUAGUCCAAAGCAAGAAUGUCAGAAAAGCUUGACUGAAUACGUAUCGGAACAAUUGUUAGAUGAAAUUGAACAAAUGCAUAAGAGACCUCAGAUAAACGAACGAAAAGGAAAUCAAAGCGCUUUAGAAGAUUCAGUUGUGACUUUUAAAAGGCACUCAACGGAGGAUUUAGAAGUAACAUUUAAGAUGGAGCAUGAUCCCGUAUCAAGUGGAGAAAGCCAAAUUUCAACCAGACCAAACAGUGAAAAAUCUGUUGAGCUUAAUACACCCGAGGACUAUGUCGGAGACACAAAACUGCGGCGCAAGAUCAAAACAGAGCAUAUCGACGACGAAAUAUCAUUCACAGAAGUCAUCUCUGAAUCGUCAAUUGACGAACAUUCCACGCUGUCUUCGGUUUCAAUUGUCAGUGUUAAGAAAGAUCGAUCACGCGCCGCUAGCUUAGAUGCCAGAGUCAGAACAAUGUUGCUUCUUGAAAAGCAAAAACCGGUUCUUAGCAAUUUGAGAAAUCCACAAAAUGAUACGACAUGCUUAGAAGAAACAAGUAAAAGCAAGGAAAAGUUUGAAACUUUGAUCGAGGAACCUAUUUUUGUCAACGAAAGUGUAUCCGUUGCCUUGGAUAAUCCGAAAACAUUUCCGAAAACAGAGCAGUGGUACGACUCCUGUUUUGCAUCGAAUUCGAAAACGUUGAAAACUAUUCGAAAGUCAAAAGAGAAAAGCUUGAAAGACCUGCAAGAAAUAGAGCGGAGUAAAAUCAGGAAACGGAAGAAACAAUGUCAGGGCUGCAUGAAAAUGCUCAAGUAUCUGCUUGUAAAAACAAGUCAGGAACUUUUAGAACAAAUGGGCCAUUCAAAGAAAAAAAUAAAACAUAAACAGGCGAAGAGUGCUCGAAAUGCUAUCUGUGAAAAAUGUCAAUCUAACAAAGAGCCCAGUGAAAGUGAGGGCAUGGAAAAGGCCGUUAAAUGUCAAGUUAAACUUACCAAGUUAUCAAAUGAGGUUUUGGAACGCAGCUCAAAUGUUCAGACAGUACCAGAGAGCGGAAAAAUGAAACUGGUUUUGAAAAACUGUGAUACUCCAGGACUAUCAAGCCGUCCCAAAAUCAGUCCUGUCUCUUCAUUUUCCAGCUGGCAGUUUGAGGGCGAACCUUUCAACAAGCGAAUCUACUGCCGACACCCGGAUGGACUUUAUAAACUAGCUGUGCGCUCUUGUUACGAUCAAGUGACCAAUGAUGAUGUCACUCUCAGCAGAGGCGACUGUGUGCUGAUUGCGGCUCAAUCCAGAUCUCAGCCAUUCGUGGCUGCCAUUUCUGACCUAUACAUCUGUCCUAUAUCAGGCGGAAAAAUGGCUCAUAUUUACUGGUUCUAUGGAGAGGAAAUUCUGGCGUGCUCAAGAAAGCUACACGAGAGAGAGCUGAUGGCUUCGAAGCACGCUGAUGACAUCGACCUGAACUGCAUAGACGAUAAAUGCUUCGUGCUUACCAGACAUCAGUAUUCAAGAUAUGUGGCAGAUCAGCUCCUCAGAAAAGAUAUUCGAUGGCUGCGAAGAAUAACUCGGAGACCUUUAUCACUAAACAGAUUUGAUCCCCCUGUGAAGCCGAGUUCUUCAUAUUCAGUGCAAAAAAUACCAUCACUUGACAAGCUGAAUGAAGCAGAUCCUGAGCUUAUUUUCUGGUGCAAUAAGGUUUUCGAUUUACAAAGAAAACAAAUUCUUAAGAAUCCACAUUAGAUUUAUUACAAACAAACUAUUUCCAGAUGAUUUUAUCUUGUAAAUUAAUAUUUGAGCCGAUAUCAUCACUAAUUGAUGUGUUGAUACACGAAAUGGUUUAAUGUCUGAUUUUGAUCGCGUGAUGUUCUAGAGUUCUGUGUUAGAAAUUUUAGACUCGACUGAUUAUUCCCCACUUAGGUUAUCUGAUUUUCAAUAGGAAUCAACUGAAAAAUAUUGUUAGAUUUCCAUAUUCAAUGAUAACAAUGGUAUAAACCUAUUGUGCAAAAAAAUGAGGUAAUUUUAUCCGCUUUUCUUUGCUUGUUAAUGUUUCGAAAUUAAUUGUGUAUCAGAGGCCAUUUGGGCUAUGAUAGCUGGCAUCAAAGCCGUGAAUGCAGCAUAAUAAGAUGUUUUUUUUAAAUUGUAAGGUUGUUAUUCAAAGUUUUCAUCUUUUUUUUUGUAUUUAAUAAAGACCGUUGUUAUGCUUAGUCUAUCCAGAAUCAAGGCAGUGAAAAUGAAGAAAACACUGCCAUCUCUCCGCUCUCCGUUAAAAGCAAGGCAAACUCCAUUAUCGAACAGCAAAAGUGUAAAGGUCUCGAAAAAUUUGAUCGAUUUCUGAUUUCGAAAACGGAAUUUAUCUAUCAGAUUUUCCAGCGAAAUAAAACUGUGACUGAGUGAUUAAUUUUCUCAAAUUCGGUCAAUCAGAAAAGUGUCAAUCAUAAAUUGUUCUUGAAGUUCAGUGAACUUUAAAGGCUAUCUAUUUUUUUUCUUGAACCUGAUCCAUUUUCUCUUUUUCUGGAACUGCAAUGUAUUAUCUAUUUUUUUUUCUGGAACUUCGAAACCUGAUCCAUUUUCUCAAAUUGGGAAAUUUUUUAAUAAAUAUUGUCAAUAAUACAUUGUUCUAGCAGUUCAAAGAGCUGCAAGGGCAUCUAUUUUUUUCUUGAAAGUUCGAAAAUUUGAAGAAUUUUUUUUCAAAAAACAAGUCAAUAUUUUUUUUUCUGUAUACUUGCGGUCAUUGACUCUUUUCCAACCGUCUUUUCCGACCGUCUGUUGGCUAUGUUUUUUUAAGAGUCGAUGAACGUAGUGAAGGUUUUCAUAAAGGUCUUGAUAAUUUAUUUUCAAUCAAUUCAAUUCUUCGCGGUUUGACUUAUAGAUUUCUUUUAAGUCGCGAUGAUCUAAAAAGGAAGGCAAACUCCACCAUUGAACAGCGAAGUGUUCAAAGCGAAUAGAUCCUCAAUAAAUCUUUAUGAUCAAAGCAUGACUUUUUAAGAGUCUCUUAUAUAGGUUGCAAUAAUUGUUUUUCAGGAGAAGUUAUUGAAAUUUGUUCACGCUUUUUCGUGGUUUGACUCACGCUGUUUGACUUUUCGUGGAUUGACUUUUAUGUUAUUUUUAAGUUCAGUUCAUUUCCUUUGUUAAAGGGAAGGAAAACUCCACUACCGAACAGCGAAAGUGUUAAAGUCACGAAAAACGUGAUCAUUUUCUAGUUUCAAAAGUGGAAUUUAAUUAUCGAAUUUCCCAGCAAAGUCAAUUUUUUUUACCUAUUAAUCUAGUUUUCCCAAAUUGGGCUAAUUGUAUCAAAAAGCGUAAAUCUUUAAUGUCUCCAGAUAUUCAAAGAGCUUUAAGGCCGUCUAUUUUUUCCCGUGAAAUUCGAAACUUUUUUCGGCUUAUUAGUUUUCGGUUGAUAAAUUAAUGGCUUGGCGGCCUUUUUUAGUCGUUAUUUAAAUGUUUUGAGGAGCGACUGUACUGUCUUUAGUUUUUGAGGUCAAAAAUUUUCAAAUCGUCUGCUUCUUACUGUUUAGUAAACUUGGUUUAGAUGCCUAUGUAACAUUGAAUUGUCCUACUUCUUGGCAUGUUUUCUUGGCAGCAUUUUUUAUAGAAGGCAAAAGGCAUUUUGUUAUACAAGGCAAAAUCAAGACAACGGUAGGAAUUAUAUAGUCAUCUAGUUUUCUCAAUUUUUUCUCCAGUUUUCAUCUCGACUCUCUUUCGGUUAGUUUGUCAUUCUAUGUAUGUGUUGUAUCGCAAGUGGCGCAAAGCCUCGCUCCGUCUCUGUGUUCUUUUUUUUUAGCUAGUUUCAUUUUCUUCUGUUCGAUCCAGUUUUCCGCGGCUUUGAACUCAUGCUGUCUUAAAAAGUGAUAAAGAAAGCAGAUAAUUUCAAACAAUUUUCCAAAAGGAAUCGAUGGGUGCACCUUUAACGAAAACAUAAUUCCUUCCGAAAAAGUGCUUUUUCGGCGUCAAAGUAUCGAUUUUCGGCAUUUCGGCUGCUUCGAAAGUAGGUUUCCUACGUCUAAUAGUAUGAGUUUGAAUAUGGUGCUUUGAUUCAUUUUGAAGGGAUUGUUUUUGAUCUGAAUUCAUCGAUUUUUCCGCGUUACGGAAUUUCUAGGUUCUUUUUCAAUAUGAAAAAAAUUAAGCGUCUCUUGCCAAUUUCUUGAGCUUGAACAAAACAAAGUUCGCAUCAAAUAUACUCAUCUCUUCCAAAAUGUGAUUUCUUAUCAUCUCAGUCAGCACUCAACUUUUUAGUCUUGUCGUUUUAUUGGUGCUUUAUAGGUGUUACGAAAUGAGGACAAUGAUCUUUCAUGCUAUUUUUGGUGCUUUUAAGUACGUGUUUGUUGUUGUAUAGCGCUUACAUACUUUGUAAAACUGAAGACCCUUGUAAUCGAUUAAAAACAACAGUUUUCCGAUGUUUUUCAAUCGGCUUAACUUUUAAUUGGUUCCUUGUAUUAUAAUAUGUGUUUUCAUCUUUAAUGAAAGCUGCUGUGUAAUGUGCAUUUAUUGUAUUAGUAGAAAAGAUUAUAAUCAAAUUUAACGUUUUCCAACCUCU